AUGGCAGAAUAUAUCAACUCUCGUCUUGUUGAGGCUCGUGAACUGCCAAUUUUAAAUUUUCUUGAACAGAUUAGGGAAUCAACUAACUACAUAUACGGUGUGUAUGAAGAAGGAAGAAAAUACAUUGUUCGGUUGGAUAAUAGAACUUGCAACUGUGAUAGAUUUCAGCUUGAUGAGAUACUAUGCGCGCAUGUUAGUGCUAUUUUGAAAAGCAAACAUGUAAAGAAAAUAAAGGCAUACUGCUCAGAUUACUACAAGAAGGAGGCACUGGUGAAGACUUAUGAAAUGUCGCUUUGUCCAAUGCCCGAUAAACAAGACUGGCAUGUACCACCGGAGGUGUUAGAAGAUGUGGUUUUGCCUUCAAAAUAUAAACGCCCACCAGGAAGACCAAAGAAAGGCAGAAAAAAUAAAAGUAGUGAAAAGUUUUCAUCAACAUCAAAUCGUUGUGGCAAGUGUGGGUAUAAAGGCCACAACAGACGUACUUGCAACUACUUUUCAAAAGAGAUGUGGCAUUUUCUCCAUAGAAUUUAA